AUGCCGAAUCGACUAGGCCAAAGACUGGCAAAGCACCUCGCUCAACGGCUGAGCAGAGACCCCUCGGGAGGAAUCGAAAGGACUGAACAAUGCGAGCUUAAAGGCUUCCCAGGCUCGAUCCGAGUCCUUGACAAUGAAGAGGCCCUAACGGAGGCUAAUCAACAGCGCCUUGGAACGACGUUUUGGUCCGAUGGCUCCAGACUCGAUACAGGACGUGCCGGCGCCGGUGUCGCUUUACAAGCUGUACCUGGAGGCCCCUGGGAACACGUAGAGGUACCAAUGGGCCACGGACACGAGGCGUUUGACGCGGAACUAAUGGGAGUGGCUACAGCACUUGAAUGGGCACUUGAGAGGCAACCUCUCGGUCCUAUCUGGGUACUCCUUGACGCGCAGAAUGCUAUUGAUCGCCUCAAGUCAGCAAGACCAGGCCCUGGGCAAGCCCUUGUUCUUAGGGCUCACAGGGCAGUGGAGAAGCUAGCCAUGAGAGGUCAGCCAGUAACAAUACAAUGGGUUCCAGGCCACUCAGGAGUGGUAGGGAAUGAACAGGCUGAUCAAGCUGCUAAACGUGCAGCUAGUAAACAGACCGCGCCUGGUUUUGAGCACCUGUCUCUAGCAGAUGGACGUGUCUACAAGAUGCCUCGAGGCUGGAACCUUGACCCAGUGGCGGGAAAAGCCCCAAAAAGACUGGCUAGUCGGUACUACCAGCUGAAGACAGGACAUGCCCCAAUCGGCACCUAUCUACACCGGAUAGGCCAACGGGAAUCGCCUGAGUGUCAGGCUUGCAAGGAGCCUCAUGAGACAGUGAGGCAUGUGCUUUUUGGAUGUCGAGGACGCCGUACAGGACGGAGGGCUUUAUAUCGAGCACUCGAGAAAGCUGGAGUGCCGCUGCCUACAGCGGCUGAGGAAAGUCCUGAGGCUAGGCUAUUUGCUGAGCCUAUAGUGACGCAGGGUUUGCUGCAAUUCAUGGCUGAAGCUAACCUGUUUAAUGAUAAUGAGCGGACAGCCAGAGAGGCUGAGUCUAGCGAUGCGUGGGGGUGGGAUACGUUGGAGGAAGGUGGCCCAGGUGUCACAUUGGAGGAUGAAUAG